AUGUCAACAGAGUUGGCUACUGAAUUAGGGUUUGACCCUUCUAUGAAGAAAAAGAAGUCCAGUAAAAAGGUGGCUCCAGAGAACUUUGAUGCACCACUAGCGGAUAAAGAGACUAAAAAUGACGAUGACCUAUUUGCAGGCUUAAAAAAAAAAAAGAAGAAGUCCAAGGCAGUUUCAGAAGAGCCAUCUGAGGAAGUUGAUGAUAUUUCCGAAGCUCUAGGAGAAUUGAAACUGAAGAAAAAGAAGAAGAAGUCCAAGGAUACCGAUCUAGACAGCUUCGAGAAGCAAUUAGCUAAGGCCGGUGUCAGCGUUGAUGAGAGUAAUAGCAAAGAGGGCACUCCUUUGGAAGAAUCACAAAUUCAACAAGAUAUCGGUUUAGCUUACCCAGAACUACUAUCUAGAUUUUUCAAAAUUUUAAAGACAAAUAAUCCUGAGUUAGCAGGUGAUAGAUCAGGUCCCAAGUUCAGAAUUCCUCCACCUAUCUGUUUGCGUGAUGGUAAGAAAACUAUUUUCUCAAACGUUCAAGAUAUUUCCGAGAAACUUCAGAGAGCACCAGAUCAUUUGAUGCAAUAUCUAUUCGCCGAGUUGGGUACUUCUGGUUCUGUUGAUGGUCAAAAGAGAUUGGUUAUUAAGGGUAAGUUUCAGUCGAAACAAAUGGAAAACGUUCUAAGAAGAUAUAUUAUGGAGUACGUUACAUGUAAGACCUGUAAAAGUAUCAAUACAUUAUUGAAGAAGGAGCAAUCAAAUAGAUUGUUUUUCCUUGUUUGCAAGAGUUGUGGUUCUACUAGAUCUGUUUCGUCUAUCAAGACUGGUUUCCAGGCUACUGUUGGAAAGAGAAAGAGAAUGUAG